CGGUCUUAUCCGAGAGCCGCCUCGGAACUGACCCGAGCCAGCUAUGAAAGGAGGCCUCGAGCCCCCUUUGAGCAAUCAGCACCUUUCCUGAGCCCUCAAAAACCUCCCCUCGCUCCAAUUCUGCAUGAGCUGCUCUUUGUGCUCCUCUCUGGCCGCAGCGUUGCCGCCGGCCUCUGGGACAAUUCAGGAAGCCCGAGCCUCACCGUUCACCUCUCCAUCCCCUGCUAGCCUCCUCAAGCCUCACCGAACCCAUUCCCAGUGCUGAUUCAUGCCAUAGCCACCGUAGGACGAAGCUGCGUUCGCUGGAGCCCUCGGUGCGCCGUGGUUGAAAGAGCUCUCGGCCACGAGCUCCCCAGCAGCCCGUGUCCCCUCCAGGUGAUACGGUUCUCAUCCCUGAGCACGCAUACGUGCUCAACUCCAGGAGCAGAGCCCCCUAGCAUCGGCAAGCAUCACCGGAGCUCGCCACUGUCCCUGCCAGGCACGCGCGGGGGUGCGGGAUGAAUUCGACAGGUGCCCCCCACCUGUCGGUGAGAGAGAGUUGUCGCCCUGGUAGCGCUAGCCUGUGGGUGCGUCUUCCUCGCAGGACUUGGAGAGAGGAGGCUUAUUCUAGGAUUUUGGGGUGCACCUCACCCUCCUCAAACUCCAAAGAUUGCAUUCUGAGACGAGCACGAUGCCGUCGACCCCGGAACCUAGGAGUCCAGGAUAGCAGCCUUGUGAGAUAG